AUGUUGAAUUGUAAUAGUGCAGAAACACCUGCUGAAGCAAGACUGAAUCUUGUGAGAGAUGGUGAUGAAGAAGAGGUGAACUCAACUGAGUUUAGACAGAUGGUAGGCGCACUGAGAUAUCUCUGCAACACUAGACCAAAUAUUGCAUUCUGUGUUGGUGUGAUUAGCAGAGUUAUGGACAGGCCUAGUGUAUCACAUCUCAUGGCAGCUAAGUGGAUCAUGAGAUACUUGAAGGGAACUAUGAGCUAUGGAAUUCUGUUUCCAUGUAAAAGGAGUGAAAAUUUGAAGAAAUUGUAUGGCUACUCUGAUGCAAAUUGGUGUGGAGAUAAGAAUGAUAGAAAAAGCACUGUUGGUUUUGUGUUCUUUGCAGGAACAACACCUGUGUCAUGGUGUUCAAAAAAGGAAGUUGUAGUUGCACUAUCAUCAUGUGAAGCAAAUACAUUGUUGCUGCAAUGGGUGUCUGUCAAGCAGUAUGGCUUGAUACUUUAA